CAUAUUUCGCCAGUCUUGGUCAGACCUGAAAUCGGAGAGACGCCUCGCCAGGUCCUCGCUGAGUCUUAUUCUUUUCCGGUGCGCUCUUUUGGGUGACCGUGUCUUGUUUAGUUUUAGCUGCAGUUGAAUCUUUCUCCAUCUUCCACGAUGAAGAUUUAUAAGGACCUCUUCACCGGAGACGAGAUGUUCUCCGAUACCUACAAAAUCAAGCUGAUAGACGACGUGCUGUACGAAGUUUAUGGCAAGCUAAUUACCCGUAAAUCGGGUGAUAUCGAAAUCGCUGGUUUUAAUCCGUCUGCGGAAGAGGCCGACGAUGGUACCGACGAAGCGGUGGAAUCUGGCGUGGACGUUGUGUUGAACCAUCGUCUUCAGGAGACGUUCGCCUUUGGAGAUAAGAAGUCUUACACGUUAUACCUCAAGGAUUAUAUGAAAAAAUUAGUUGCGAGAUUAGAGGAGAAAUCGCCCGAUCAGGUGGAGGUUUUUAAAACAAAUAUGAACAAAGUUAUGAAGGAUAUCCUAGGCCGGUUCAAGGAAUUGCAAUUCUUCACUGGCGUUUCAAUGGACAUCGAUGGAAUUGUGGGUCUCAUGGAGUACCGUGAGAUCAACGGCGAUUCUGUGCCUGUACUCAUGUUCUUCAAGCACGGUCUUGAAGAAGAAAAGUUCUAAAUAAACCGGAAAUCAAGACUGCACACAUGCUGGAAAGCUGUGAAAUUUAGUUAAAAAAUAUGGGACAAACAGUUCGACUUCCAUUUCUUAAUUUGCGCUGCAACCAACUUACAUUCAAUAAAAUCUCCGUUAGUGACUAUUUCUUGAUAACUAAUUGUACAUAUUCUGUAACAUGAGGGCAAGUGGCAACAGAAUUCUUGAUAAUAAUUUGCAAUUAGCUGGGAAAGAUGUAUGUUAACAAUGUUUUCGUUUUUACGUCCACUUUUGUAUUUAGGCAAUUUUAUUUAUAUAUACAUAAAUAUAAAGAAAAUGGAAGAUGGGGAAAGAACUUGCAGUGAUGGACUUAUAUCGGCGAUGUAAUGUUUACAAUUACGUUAAUAUCCGUAUGAUCAACAAAUUCUGAACCAUAUUAGACUUCAUGUCCAUCAUAAAUAAAAGAAAAUUUUUCCGUAA